CACGAAGUUGUUGUAAAAGUAUGCUGAGAGAGUGUUAACCUCACUCCCCAGCAGGUGACAUUAUGCCUGUACUCCCACCCGUGGCUGCAGUAGCACUGCCUGCUGUAGCGACCACCACUCGCACAGCACAGACUCAACUCUCACUGCUUCUCUGUUCUUUCUUGAAGAAGUCUAGAGUCACCUCCGGGUGAGGCAUGCAGGUUUUAUGUUCCCAGGAGAGAUUACUCGUUCUCUGCUCUCACUCUCAACUAUGACACCGGGACGGGAAACACACGCAAGAUGCAAAUAUAACGUUGAUAUGCUUCGUUAUAACUUAUAGAAAACCCCUGGCGAACAACCAUUGUUUUGGGUUGAGAAAAUUAUGCUAUCAGAUUGCUAUAAAUGUCAGACGACUGCCAGACUACAGGUUAAAUUGGACAAAUGUAUUUUUUAUUUUUCACAGUUUGAGCAGAAUAUAUAAUGAAGGAAGCCAUCCCUGGAAGAGCUAUUAAAAUGCAAGAAAACCUCGCAUCAGGCCCAACACAACUCAACCCAAUACUGAAACACGCACACAUCCCCUUCAAUAAUAUAGAAAUUCGGCCAACCAUUGACUAUCUGGCUCUCAGUUCAGUGGUACAGGAAGCACAAGGCUUUGACGACACUUCUCACCUCAACAACAAGGACUGGAAGAGGACAAAAUUGUACAAGAAAGAGCUGAAAGCUAAAGGAAACAUUAGACCGUCAACUGCGGUCCGCAGACACGUUAAAAAGAUUUCGGAAGAAUUCACAAUGACUCAAACUAAGUAUGAGAAUGCUGUCAACACGACCGGGCCAACCAAGAACUCUGAGGUCAAACAUAAAUCGCCAUUAAAAUCGGCGUCUUCGACCAUAUCCAGUUCAUCGGUGUCAGUCAACCAGAAAGCUCCACAGUCGAAAUUCUCAAAGAACGUUUUCUCUAAAAUAACAUGUUCUAAAUGUGAAUCUAUAACAAAAUCAUCGAGGAAGAACAAUAUGGCGCCUAUCAUCUCUUCUGCCCCGGCCAAUACACCCAAAGCCUCCAUUUCCACAACUCCAAAAAGCAAUUCCUCCAGAAUUCUGAAGAGCAGGAAUAACACAAGUGUCUCCAGAGACUCUUCUUCGCCACACAAGAAACUCUUUGGAGCACAGUCCCUGAGUUCGCCUGGAUCUUCGCCACAACCUCGCCACAAGCACCCCAGCACCAGGUAUACAGGAGGGGGUCUUGGGCCUGGUAAUAGCGGUGAUUAUGGUCUGACACCGACCAGUCCUUCCAUGCCCAGGUCCCCAGGAAGGAAGGGGUCCUCAACGUCCCUCGGGGGUAUUUCACCUCGGUCAAAACAGAUGUCCUUCGAGCAGAUCAAGAAAGUCAAAAUGUUCACCGAGCGAGCCAUUGUGGAGGGACGUGUGUUCUCCAUUUUUGGAUACUUCCCAGCCAUCAAGGAUGCUCUCCGGAGAAGAGGAUGGGUGGAAAAAAUUCAGCAUUCUGUACCCUACGUCAAUCCUCACCCAAACAACUGUGUGUGUCCUCAUGUAGGUUACCAGGCCACUGUCUUGCCUGCCUCUGCGGCCUCCAACCACAACACCUCGUCAACACAAGCUAAUCGCAACUCAUCGACACCCCUAAUGGAGACCAGGACAGGUUCUGAUGAUACAAAAAAUGUCGAAAAUGCCGAUGAUCUUACGAAUGAUGAGAGUGACGGGGCGGCUGGCGCCACUGACCAAGUCAAGACUGACGUAGCAAAAACUGUUGAAGACAAUGAUGUUACAAACACACAGGAGAGUGAUGGUGGUGAGGGUCAUGUCACAUCUCCACCACACAACACAUCACCUGACCCACUGCCCUCUUCAGAGAACUCAUCACAGACAUCAUCAUAUUCAUCAUCUUCAUCAUCAUCAUCAUCAGAAUCGGAAGAGGAACAGAAAGUUACCACUGCCAACCCAUGUUCUUCCAACGUAGAAAAUAUAGCUCCAGCAACACACGAAAUCACUUCCAAAGGUACACAGGUUUCAGUAACAACUUCCAGUCAGGAGACUGAUGUAUCAGGGCAGUCUUCCAGUAUUCCAGAGAGAUCCAGUAACUCAGAGGAGCUUGUAAAUAAUUGUGAUAGUUUCAACACUGCCAUACUAGGCCCCUCUGAAAUAAGGAAAGGCCUAGUCAAAUCAAUAACGGAAAGAAAUGCUACGAUAUUCCAGUACAGUACUAUACACAUACCAAAGAUUAAGAGUAAUGAUAAUUUAGAAAAUAGUGCAAAGGAUGAGGUAGUUGUAGAACAUAGAGAGCCUCAAGUAGAAAAUGUAGAGAAUGAAAACAACGAAAGCCAAGAUAAAAGUACUACGACUGAAGGUGAAGUCGCUCCAGAGCCAUACUGUCCAUACAUAGAGUAUGAACUCUGUGAUAUGGACCUGCCUCUGGUGGCUAGGCUCUUGAGGAAUGUAGAACCCAACUUUCUGUGGACCUGGACCAGAGAUUCUAUAUCGUUCAAGCACCUAAGUAGGGAACAAGUAGUCAACCGCUUCCCCAACACACCCUUUACCACUAAGUAUGGGUUGUGUGAGACACUGCAACAAUUACACUGGUUCAGUGAGGCUGCUAGUGUGGACACGUUCGUUCCUAGAGGAUAUUGUAUUGGCCACGAAGACGAGAGAACGGCGUUCAUUCACGACUAUCGUCUUACUGCUUGUCUGAACGUUCUGAAGUGGGUUGUGGAACGGCACGACACCCAUGGCCCACAGGCAGUGUCCGACCCGCAUGGUGAGGUACCCAUCAAGAGAGUACGUCAAGCCCUGACUCACGUCGAACAAUACAUACAGUCAUGUUGCCAUGACGAUCUUGACGCCCCACCACCACCGUCACUCAGAGAUCAUGAGUGGAACUCUCUCCUCACAGCUCACUACAAGAUAGUCCACAUGGAUAAGAAGAUAAAGUUGGCUAGCUCGGCACACCUGCAGGCACUGGUGUCAGAAUGCGAGUCAGCAGUGCGUCGAGUAGUGCCUUUCUGGCCUCAGCUAUCAAUGGAUGGUCUCAGGAACCUGUGGAUAGUGAAGCCAGGGGCACAGUCCAGGGGACGAGGGAUAUUCAUGAUGAACCACCUGGAGGAGAUCCUGGCACUGGUACAAUCCCCACUCAUAUAUGAGACCAAGUACGUCGUGCAAAAGUACAUGGCAAACAAUUUCUGUCUCUACCCAUUAUCUCUGUCUCUACCCAUUAUCUCUGUCUCUACCCAUUAUCUCUGUCUCUACCCAUUAUCUCUGUCUCUACCCAUUAUCUCUGUCUCUACCCAUUAUCUCUGCCUCUACCCAUUAUCUCUGCCUCUACCCAUUGUCUCUGUCUCUACCCAUUACCUCUGUCUCUACCCAUUAUCUCUGUCUCUACCCAUUAUCUCUGUCUCUACCCAUUAUCUCUGUCUCUACCCAUUAUCUCUCCCUCUACCCAUUAUCUCUGUCUCUACCCAUUAUCUCUGUCUCUACCCAUUAUCUCUGUCUCUACCCAUUAUCUCUGUCUCUACCCAUUAUCUCUGUCUCUACCCAUUAUCUCUGUCUCUACCAUUAUCUCUGUCUUACCCAUUAUCUCUGUCUCUUCCCAUUAUCUCUGCCUCUACCCAUUAUCUCUGUCUCUACCAUUAUCUCUGUCUCUACCCAUUAUCUCUGUCUCUACCCAUUAUCUCUGUCUCUACCCAUUAUCUCUGUCUCUACCCAUUAUCUCUGCCUCUACCCAUUAUCUCUGUCUCUACCCAUUAUCUCUGUCUCUACCCAUUAUCUCUGUCUCUACCCAUUAUCUCUGUCUCUACCCAUUAUUUCUGUCUCUACCCAUUAUCUCUGCCUCUACGCAUUAUCUCUGUCUCUACCCAUUAUCUCUGUCUCUACCCAUUAUCUCUGUCUCUACCCAUUAUCUCUGUCUCUACCCAUUAUCUCUGUCUCUACCCAUUAUCUCUGCCUCUACCCAUUAUCUCUGCCUCUACCCAUUAUCUCUGUCUCUACCCAUUAUCUCUGUCUCUACCCAUUAUCUCUGUCUCUACCCAUUAUCUCUGCCUCUACCCAUUAUCUCUGUCUCUACCCAUUAUCUCUGUCUCUACCCAUUAUCUCUGUCUCUACCCAUUAUCUCUGUCUCAACCCAUUAUCUCUGUCUCUACCCAUUAUCUCUGUCUCUACCCAUUAUCUCUGUCUUUACCCAUUAUCUCUGUCUCUUCCCAUUAUCUCUGCCUCUACCCAUUAUCUCUGUCUCUACCCAUUAUCUCUGUCUCUACCAUUAUCUCUGUCUCUACCCAUUAUCUCUGUCUCUACCCAUUAUCUCUGCCUCUACCCAUUAUCUCUGUCUCUACCCAUUAUCUCUGUCUCUACCCAUUAUCUCUGUCCUCUACCCAUUAUCUCUGUCUCUACCAUUAUUUCUGUCUCUACCCAUUAUCUCUGCCUCUACGCAUUAUCUCUGUCUCUACCCAUUAUCUCUGUCUCUACCCAUUAUCUCUGUCUCUACCCAUUAUCUCUGCCUCUACCCAUUAUCUCUGUCUCUACCCAUUAUCUCUGUCUCUACCCAUUAUCUCUGUCUCUACCCAUUAUCUCUGUCUCUACCCAUUAUCUCUGUCUCUACCCAUUAUCUCUGCAUCUACCCAUUAUCUCUGCCUCUACCCAUUAUCUCUGUCUCUACCCAUUAUCUCUAUCUCUACCCAUUAUCUCUGUCUCUACCGAUUAUCUCUGUCUCUACCCAUUAUUUCUGUCUCUACCCAUUAUCUCUGUCUCUACCCAUUAUCUCUAUCUCUACCCAUUAUCUCUAUCUCUACCCAUUAUCUCUGUCUCUACCCAUUAUCUCUGCCUCUACCCAUUAUCUUUGUCUCUACCCAUUAUCUCUGUCUCUACCCAUUAUCUCUGUCUCUACCCAUUAUCUCUGCCUCUACCCAUUAUCUCUGCCUCUACCCAUUAUCUCUGCCUCUACCCAUUAUCUCUGCCUCUACCCAUUAUCUCUGCCUCUACCCAUUAUCUCUGUCUCUACCCAUUAUCUCUGCUCUACCCAUUAUCUCUGUCUCUACCCAUUAUCUCUGCCUCUACCCAUUAUCUCUGUCUCUACCCAUUAUCUCUGCCUCUACCCAUUAUCUCUGUCUCUACCCAUUAUCUCUGUCUCUACCCAUUAUGUCUGUCUCUACCCAUUAUCUCUGCCUCUACCCAUUAUCUCUGUCUCUACCCAUUAUCUCUGUCUCUACCCAUUAUCUCUGUCUCUACCCAUUAUCUCUGCCUCUACCCAUUAUCUCUGUCUCUACCAUUAUCUCUGUCUCUACCCAUUAUGUCUGUCUCUACCCAUUAUCUCUGCCUCUACCCAUUAUCUCUGUCUCUACCCAUUAUCUCUGUCUCUACCCAUUAUCUCUGUCUCUACCCAUUAUCUCUGCCUCUACCCAUUAUCUCUGCCUGGCACACGACCCAUAA